CUGAUGACGCAGGAACAAUCCUGCAAAGAUGCUUGAAAACUCCGGGCUGCAGCCAGCAGCGCGUGCGCUGGUCGCUGCUUGAGGUGGAAGGAUCCAGUCAGAGCUCCAACACCGACCUGUGACUGGGGGAGACCGAGCAGGUCCUGCACAAACACAGACGCGCGCAAUCUUGCGGCUGCAGGAGUCAUUACGCGCUGAGGCGUUGAGGUGUGCAAGAGGAAAGUGCAGAGCAGAGGAACCAGCUUUGGAACAUCUGUCCAGCGGUGGCACCAUGCCGUCCCCCGCGGAGCCGUGCGCCCUGAUCCUGCUGGCCCUGACCCUGAUCCCGGCCCCGGGUCUGGCCCAUCAGCCCCCCAUGAGCGAGCAGGUCGAGGUGCUGGUCUUCCUGCCCCAGAACAACUCCUACCUGUUCUCCCGGGCGCGCGUCGCGCCUGCGCUCCGGUACGCGGCGCGGCGGCUGGGGGGCGCGGGGGGGAACUUCUCCGGGUUCCGCUUCGACUUCCACUUCGAGCGCUGCGAGCGCACCAACGACGCGCUGUUCGCGCUGGCGGAGCGCUCCUGCGGCCGCCGGCCGGACCUGAUCCUCGGCCCGGUGCGGGAGUACGAGGCGGCCGGCGUGGUGCGCCUGGCGUCGCACUGGCGCAUCCCCGUCAUCUCCGCCGGCGCGCUGGCGCUCAGCUUCGGCACCAAGGACAGCGAGUACUCGCACCUGACGCGCAUCGCGCCGUCCUACGUGAAGAUGGCGGAGGCGGUGGCGAAGCUGUUCCAGCACUUCAGCUGGAGCCGCGUGCAGCUGCUGUACGAGGACGACCGGGAGGAGAGGAACUGCUACUUCACCCUGGAGGGGGUGUACCACCUGCUGGGGGCCGACUACUCCCUCACCACCUACCUGCUGUCGGAGGAGGAGCCGUGGAGCCCCGAGGACGUGCUGCACAAGAGUGAAGACUGUGAAGUGGUGAUGAUGUGCAUGGGAGCAGACAGAAUACGAGAGCUCAUGUUGGCUGCACACAGACUCCAGAUGACCAAAGGCAAUCAUAUAUUUUUCAAUGUUGAGCUCUUUAACGCUUCUUCUUAUGGUAAUGGCUCAUGGAGAAGAGGAGACCAGUAUGACGAUGAGGCAAGGCAAGCAUACGCCUCCCUGAACACUGUCACGCUGCUCAAGACAGUCAAACCAGAGUUUGAGAACUUCUCCAUGGAGAUGACAAACUCUGCUGAGAACACUGGACUUGAUGACUGCAAAGACUGUGGAAAUGUCAACAUGUUUAUUGAGGGGUUCCACGACGCCCUGUUGCUGUACGCCAUCGCCUUACACGAGGCCAUGAAGAAUGGGUUCAGCAAGAAAAAUGGAACAGAGAUCACCUUACUCAUGCGGGACAGGACAUUUGAAGGAAUUGCUGGCCAGGUAUCCAUAGAUACCAGCGGUGACAGAAACGGAGAUUUCUCUCUGAUGUCCAUGACUGACGUUGAAGCCGGUACCUAUGAGGCUGUAGCCAACUACUAUGGUGCGAACAGAACUUUUGAGUGGCUGUCUGCCUACAAUGUGGAACAUUUCAAACUCAAGGAAAGACCCGGAGCCAAACCAGAGUUGCCAGAAAAAUCCUGUGGAUUGGGAGUAUCGGCGCUGACCGGCGUGGUGGUGGGAGCUGUUCUCGGAGCGCUCAUGCUCGUAGCCUUCUACUUUUUCAGAAAAAACUACAGCAUAACCAUCCAGCGUCGCACACACAGCGAAGAGCUGGACUCUGGGAAACACCGUCAGCUGCGGGAGGACUCCAUCAGAUCCAACUUCUCCACAGCGUAAUCAGCGGACUGGACACUCCUACAUGUACAUGUGGCCAAAGACUUUGCAGCGGUUUUUAGUGAAUCCAUGUCAUGUAAAAGCAGACAUUCGUGUUUUUGUUCCCGUGUUUUCACCUGUAAGUUAGGCUGCUUGUGACAGGCGCAGCGCAGCGUGGCUGCAGGUUUCCCACCACAGAUUUCACCAUAAUCUGCUUUCAGGGUUGUUUUUUUCUUCAUUUAGAUCAUUUUUACUGUGACAACGAAAAGGUCAGAGCUGACAGCGAGCUUUAACACCCUUUCACACACAGGCUGGAUGGGGUCAUGUUUGAGGGUGGAAGACCUGCAGGUGAAGUCUUGUG